AUGUCUGCCACACCUUCGUUACCUAUAGCGCCAGCCAUAAAUCCCUCGGAGCAGGAAGAAACAUACGUUCAUGAUGUCUACAACCAAAUAGCGUCUCAUUUUUCCAAAACCAGGUAUAAGCCAUGGCCUAUAGUCGAGAAAUUUCUACAAGGAAGAGCAAAAUACUCAGUUGGGUUGGACGUGGGGUGUGGAAAUGGAAAGUACUUGAAAGUAAAUGAGGACCUAUUCAUUAUUGGCUCUGAUAGAUCGGAGGGGCUUAUCGGUUGUGCACAGAAUGUAUCUAACAAUCAAUAUAACUUGGCCAUAGCCGACGGUCUUUCGUUGCCACAUCCUGAUAAUAAGUUCGACUUUGCCAUCUCCAUUGCAGUGGUGCAUCAUUUUUCCACUGAAAAAAGAAGGAUCCACGCCAUUCUGCAUAUAUUGUCCAAAUUAAAGAAGGGUGCUCAAUGCUUGAUAUACUGUUGGGCGCUCGAACAGGCAAACUCGCGACGUGGUUACAAAGAAGGCGACGAUCAAGAUGUACUAAUUCCAUGGGUCCUCAGCAGCGGCUCCAAGAAAUCAAAGAAGAAUGCCUCUACUGAGAACACUAGCUCUCUUGACAGCAGCGUCGACGAAAGCACUCAAGAAAACGAGACCAAGUACAGGUACUAUCAUUUAUAUAAACAAGGAGAAUUGCCUGAAAAUGCGCUUGCCACUGGAUUAUGUACCAUUGUGGAUGAAGGAUACGAGAAGGACAAUUGGUGGGUAAUAUUGCAAAGGAUAUAG